AUGGCCACCAGGCAGGAUACCGCUGGCCCUCAAGCAACCUUGCGCACCAUCACCUAUCGGCUGUCCACAGCCUCACCGAAAUCAUUGCCUCAAGUUGCAGCGCAAGUUGCAGGUCUUCUAUGGAGCUGCAAAGAACUUCUGUCUUCGUCCAGUACCGCAAAGCAAGGCUCGGCGGCAGCCACUACCGUGCACCGCUUCAGGACCUAUCUGUCAACUCUACUCCAAGAUAGGACCAUCGAAGGACGAUGGGCAGCAGUCGUCCUGGUCAAAGCCACGAUCGAAGCUGGAGGACUGGAGGUGCUAAGCAAAAGCAAUGGCUGGGUCAAGAACCUGCUUGGUAUCCUCAAGCGACCAGAUCCUCCCACUACUCGGAUACUGGCUACCAUUAACUUGAUACGCAUUUUCAUGUUGACAUGGGAUCACUCAAAUCUGGUGCGCGAGACAACGACACCAGCUCUGCCCGGCUUCGUGGCAACAUGCCUUAGCAAUGCCAAUCAUCAGCGCUGCUCUUCAGCUGAAUUGCAUACUACUCUCGAGGCUUUCGCGACUUUGCUACCACGACAUCCGACCAUUUUCCGGACGAACGAGACACAAAUCCGAGCGCUACUGACGCGAAUAUUAUCAUCUGGCUCGAUAAAUGUCUCCGAAAGCCACUACUCGGCCGAACACCAAGAUGUGGCUCGGCGUGUGCUAGUCCUGCUCCAUCAUUGCUCGCCCAAGCAAGGUGCAGGGGCCAAGUGGGAUGAGACAUUGAAAGCCACAAUCACUGCCACUCAUGCAACCUGCGAUCGAGUGUUCAGAUCUGUGGUGGAGAACUGGCAGUCUAGUAGUGGCGUACAGCCCUCAGUGAACGCGAAUGUACUUCUACAAGGCGAGGCGCAGAUGGAAGUUGAUGAUGCUGCUGGGUUACAUGGCUGGACAGGCAUCUUUGCUGGUAGUGAGCGACUGAUAUCGCUGCUCGGCAUUCUCGAGGCAGAUAUGGAGACAGAAACUUCUGGCGUAGUAACGGUCCGUGUUGGAGCCGUGCUCGAUCUGGUGUCACGAAUCCUCAAUCUGCGGAUACCAUCCGCAAAGCAUGGCUCGGCAACACUGAAUCAUCAGGUAUCGAAAGAUGAAAGAGAUGCGCUGUAUGUCAACCUACCGAGCGUCCAUGUUGCUGCAAUUGCCUUAGUACAGAGCUUACUGCAGCGCUUUGGCAAAGCAGCGACGUCCACAGUACAGACCCUACUUGGUGAGGUCACGUGGCUAUUUGCUACAGAGUCGACAGAGCUCGAUGUCCGCACCGGCAUCUACAGUGUGACUUCAAACAUCCUCGAGCUACAAGGUUCCAGCCUCACGAAGGACGAUGUAAUAGACAUCGAGAGCAUCAUCAAGAAAUGCUGCGAGGACCUGCUACCCAUCGGUCAGCAUGGCUCGACACAGAUAUUGAUGGUCAAUGCGGGUGACAUCGGCACACAGCAGGCGAAUACAGCGUCCAGCCACGCAACAAGGCAUGCCAAAUUAGAUGUUGCAGCAAAAGCUCUGCUUCGAAAUUGCUUCGCGAAGCUCUACCCACCACAUAUCCCUGGUCGACUUCGAACACUCAUGGAGAGGACAGCUGUGCUGACACAGGACAAAGAGGCCUUGGUUUCGUGCGUACUCAAUCCUGCGGUGAGCAGUAAUCGAUCCAAGGUUCAGCCUAGUCUGCUUCCUUUGCUGGCUCAACAGCACGCGAAUGCUGCUGAGGUGGAAGCAAUUCUGCGCCCUCGUAUGCCUGUCGUACGCACUGGACGGAAGCAAGCAGACGAGGACGAGCUCGAGGAGGAUAAGUACGAAGCCGACGAUCAUGCAGAAGAAGAUGUCACGGUGAUUGAUGACAACGCAGAAGCAGACGCUCAAGGUGGCGCUGAUCAGCAAGCUAUUGAGCCUACAGCUGACCUGCUAGCUGCUCUUGUCCAGCAAGAUGCUGCGGCGGAUAGUGAAGAUUUGUACUCGGUCUCACCACAAAUCAUCGCCAAGACACGUCAGGAAGAGGCUGUUGUACUGGGAAUCACAUCCGAGAAGCGAAGAGCAGAAGAAUUUCCAACAGAAACCGGAGCGCAGAAGCGUGCGAAGACUAAUGCCGUCGAGGAAGGAUCACCGGGACACGGCGAGGUGCAGGCCACAACGAUAUCAGAGCACCCGCCUAGCAGCUUCGUGACCGCACCUGAGCCGUCGCAGCAGGUGGUAGCUGAAACAAAGACUGUCUCUUCGACCGCAGUCACCAAUACUGUCGACAUGGGUAGUGAUGACAGUGACUUCGAGAUGCCUCCUUUGACCAUGGAGCAGGAUACUGAGGAUGAGGACGAUGAGGGCGAGGAGUAG